AUGAAGAAAAAAAAUAGGAGCUCCACUCUUAAACUGGGCACAUGGAAUGUGCGUACUCUACAAACUGGACUUAAUGAAAACCUACCAGACAUAGAAGAUGUCAGAAAAUCUGCAAUAAUAAACGAUGAACUGUCCAGGCUCAAAGUAGACAUUGUCGCCCUUCAGGAAACUCGUUUAGCUGACUCUGGUUCAAUCAAAGAAAAAGACUACUCCUUCUUCUGGCAAGGCAAAACCGAAAGUGAAGUAAGGGAACAUGGCGUUGGUUUUGCAGUUAAGAACACACUGCUGAACACAGUAGAGCUGAAGUGCAAUGGUUCAGAAAGACUCCUAUCACUACGCCUUAAAACAUCUAUUGGAUAUGUGACUUUGAUAUAUGUCUACGCUCCUACUCUGAGCUCCACACCAGAGGCCAAAGAUAUGUUUUAUGACAACCUUUCGUCUGCUCUUAGCGAGAUCCCAACUACGGAACAGGUUAUCAUCCUCGGCGACCUCAACGCACUCGUUGGAUCUGACAACUCUUCAUGGGACAGCUGUAUUGGGCGUUUUGGUGUCGGAAAAGUAAAUGAAAAUGGACAAAGGCUCCUCGAGGUUUGCUCACUACACUCCCUCUGCGUCACUAAUACCUAUUUCAAGACUAAACCGCAGCACAGAGUAUCUGGGCGGCACCCUCGCUCCAAACACUGGCACCAACUAGACCUAAUCAUGGUAAGACAAAAGUGCUUAAAAUUUGUCAAGCUUACCAGGUCCUACCACAGUGCAGACUGCGACACAGAUCACUCCUUGGUAUGUUUCCACCAUACUUCCCUGGAAAUCUUUGGAAGAAAAAUUACAAAACAAAAUGAUUGGUUCGACUCUAAAGCAGUUAUUUUAGCACCUGUCAUCAAAGCAAAGAGAGAUGCACUCGCUACUUACAAGGCAAAACCUACCCAACGCAACCUGCUAAACCUGAAAGAAGCUAGAGCCAAUGCACAGAGGACAGCAAGGAUCUGUGCCAAUGAAUACUGGGUAGAGCUCAGUGAGAAUAUUCAGCUCGCAGCCCAAGUGGGCAACAUAAGAGGGAUGUACGAAGGAAUCAAAAAGGCUCUCGGACCCUCCCAAAACAAGACAGCACCUCUGAAAUCAACAACUGGGGAAAUUAUCACAGACAAGGGCCAACAAAUGCACAGAUGGGUUGAGCAUUACUCUGAGCUCUACGCCACAACAAGCUCAGUCUCUUACUCAGCCCUUAAGGCCAUCAUACAAUUACCCACAAUGAACGAGCUAGACGAAACACCCACCCUGUCAGAGCUCAACAAAGCCAUAGACAACAUUGCUGCCCGCAAAGCACCCGGAUGCGAUGAAAGUCAAGACCCACUACAGAUUAGAGCAGAAAAAUUUGUCAGUGGACAGAAAAAUGACCCAAAUCUAAUAAAAUUUAUAGAUAGUAAAGCUCCACCAAGACGAGGGUUAAUCAAGAUAGGCGAAGAUGGUGCCUAUGUGAGAUAA